ACGACGACGGGUCGCGCACUACGAGUAGGGCGCUGGUCGGCUCCGAAACCUCGAAGAAGAACAGGAUAAGGAAGAAGACGAAGAAGACGACGUAGAAGAAGAAGUAGAAGAGGCCGAAGACGAAGCGGUGUGGAGGAAGAACGAAUAGUAGAGGGUUGUAAAUUACGACGGUUCUUUCCUGAAAUAAUAGACGAGCUACAAACGGUAGCGUAAGCCAACGGGUGAAGCGAGGCGAGAAGCUUUCCUUAGGCUAAAAGAAAGAAAAAAGAACAGGACAUUUUCGUGAAAGAAAUUGCCAGUGAAAGCGAGCAGACAGGAUGUCUUCUACGAUCGCGAAAUCUUCCAAGUACACGUACCGUUCCACCGGCGGUGGUACUGCCGAUGUCAACAUCGAAUACAGUGCCGACCUGAGCGCUCUCAGCAGACUGGAGGACAAAAUCCGCCUACUGCAGGAUGACCUGGAGUCCGAGAGAGAGUUGCGUCAGAGGAUCGAACGCGAGCGGGCUGAUCUGAGUGUGCAAGUCAUCCAACUGUCCGAACGCCUCGAAGAGGCAGAGGGUGGCGCCGAAUCUCAAUUUGAGAUCAACAAAAAGAGGGAUACGGAACUGGCCAAGCUGCGCAAACUACUUGAAGAUGUUCAUCUCGAGAGUGAGGAGACCGCGCAUCUUCUGCGCAAGAAGCACCAGGAAGUUGUCGUUGAUUUUCAGGACCAGAUCGAUCAGCUCUCGAAAGCACGUGCCAGAGCUGACAAAGAGAAAUCCAAGUUCCAACAGGAGGUGUACGAACUCCUCGCUCAGCUCGACAAUGUCACCAAGGAGAAGUUGAUGUCGAUAAAGACAGUGGAGAAACUCGAAGUGCACGUAUCUGAGCUUAACGUUAAGAUCGAAGAACUGAACCGCACCAUCGUCGAUAUCACCACCCACAAGACCAGGCUGUCUCAGGAAAAUAUAGAAUUGACGAAGGAAGUGCAGGAUUUGAAGGUCAACAUCGAGAACGUCAUUUAUCUGAAGACCCAAAUCGCAGGUCAACUGGAAGAUGCUCGCCGUCGCCUUGAAGAUGAAGAUCGUCGCCGUUCAAUGCUCGAAGCUUCUUUACAUCAGGUCGAAUCAGAACUGGAAUCUGUGCGCAUUCAACUUGAAGAGGAGUCUGAAGCACGUUUGGACAUUGAACGCCAAUUGGUCAAAGCGAAUGGCGAGGUACAAAUCUGGAGAUCGAAAUAUGAGACCGAAGCUAACGCUCGCGCCGAAGAGGUUGAGGAACUGCGCCGCAAAUACGGUGCACGCAUUCAGGAACAGGAAGAGCAGAUUGAAACCCUGCUCGUGAAGAUCAACAACCUUGAGAAGCAGAAAUCUCGCCUCCAAUCUGAAGUUGAAGUUCUGAUCAUCGAUUUAGAAAAGGCAAACGGAACAGCUCGGGAAUUGCAAAAACGCGUGGAACAUUUGGAGAAGAUCAACAUCGAACUAAAGUCCCGCUUGGAUGAGACUGUUGCGAUGUACGAGCAGAGCCAACGAGAUCUCCGCAACAAACAACAGGAACUCCAACGAACCAAUGCCGAACUGGACAAGACUCGCGAAAUGAAGGACCAACUCGCUCGCGAGAACAAGAAAUUAGGCGACGAUUUGAACGAUGCCAAGAACCAGCUAGCCGACAUGAACCGCAGACUUCACGAACUGGAACUCGAGCUCCGUCGUCUGGAAAAUGAACGCGAAGAACUCGCUGCCGCUUACAAAGAAGCUGAAGCAGGACGUAAGAUUGAGGAACAACGAGCACAGAGAUUGUCCGCCGAAAUUACUCAGCUUCGUCACGACUACGAGCGCCGCUUGACUGAAAAGGAUGAAGAAAUCGAAAUCAUCCGCAAGCAGACCAGUAUCGAGAUCGAGCAGCUGAACGCCCGCGUGGUCGAGGCGGAGACCAAGCUGAAGACCGAAGUGCAGCGCAUAAAGAAGAAGCUGCAGAUCCAGAUCACCGAGCUGGAAUUGUCCCUGGACGUUGCCAAUAAGAACAACAUCGAUCUGCAGAAGACCAUCAAGAAGCAAUCGCUUACUUUGACCGAACUCCAAGCCCACUACGACGAAGUUCAACGUCAGCUACAAGUAACUUUGGAUCAACUGGGCAUCAGUCAACGACGCUUGCAAUCAUUGACGGCUGAGCUCGAGGAAGUCCGCGGCAAUUACGAAUCUGCCCUACGUGCGAAGAGAACCGUCGAGCAGCAAUACGAGGAGGCGGUUAGCCGCAUUAACGAGCUAACCACCAUAAACGUGAACAUCGCGUCGUCACGGGCGAAACUCGAGCAAGAAUUGGCUACCCUCGCUGGUGACUACGAGGAAGUGACCAAGGAACUGAAAGUCAGCGACGAGAGAUACCAGCGAGUGCAGGUCGAGCUCAAACAUACUGUCGAAAUCCUUCAUGAGGAACAAGAGCGCAUCGUGAAGAUCGAGGCCAUCAAGAAGUCCCUCGAAAUAGAGGUGAAGAACCUGUCGGUGAGAUUAGAGGAAGUUGAGGCCAACGCUAUCGUCGGUGGUAAACGCAUUAUCAGCAAACUCGAGGCUAGGAUCCGCGACUUGGAGCUUGAACUCGACGAAGAGAAACGCCGACACUCCGAAACGGUGAAGAUCCUUCGCAAAAAGGAGCGCAACAUCAAGGAAGUGAUGAUCCAGGUUGAGGAAGACUCGAAGAACAUCGCGCUGCUGCAAGAGUCUCUGGACAAGGCCGUCCAGAAGGUGAAUCUAUACAAACGACAGCUGAACGAACAAGAAGGCAUGUCCCAGCAGAGCGUGACCAGGGUCCGCCGAUUCCAAAGGGAACUGGAGGCUGCUGAGGACCGAGCCGAUACGGCCGAGAGCAACUUGACCCUAAUCCGUGCGAAACACCGCAGCUUCGUCACCACCUCCACCGUGCCCGGUUCUCAGGUGUACCUCGUCCAGGAGACGAGGUCUGACCUGUAAAAAUCCCAUCGUCAUCGACCAUCUACCCCUUACCACUUCGAACGCCACCUUGUCGUCUUUAGAAACGUGUAAUGAACAAACGACGAAUAAAAGGAAGAGCUUCGGUAUAUCAUCAUAAAUUAUUGAAAAGGCUGACUAGAGUUUUCAACGGGUUGUCCCGCGAACAUCAGAGGAACAUGUUUUCAAUGUGGAAAUCGUGUCACCUUCUUUAAAAUGUUUGUCGAACGACCCGCCGUAAAUUCAAGAUUCAGCCAACGAGAAGCGGUACCCGUCGCAACGAAUCAAAAAGGCAAAAAGCACCGUGGAGAAAGCAAAAUUGCUCAUCACAAAAAGAAAAACGCGAAUCAUCGUUAUUUUCAAAGAAACUAUAAUUUAAAUAAACGAACAAGCAAAAAUAUAUACACACGUACAUAUUACAUUAAUAUAUACCGAUGAAAAAGUUAACAAUGAUUCGUUAUAUCUUCCUUAUAUCUGUUAAUUUCAGAAUCACGAAGCGUAAGGAAUCGAAACGAACUAUCAGGUCAUCCUAUGAGUAAUGUAAAUGCUUACUAAUUCUUAAAAAUUGUAACAAGUUACAUUUCUUCGUAAAAGUCAAACAUUUAUACAAUCUUCUCUAUUCUUCAGUAAGUUUCAAUUGAUCUGGCGUUCUCCGUGUCUUUUCCGCUCCGUCUUUUAAUACGUUCCCCUAUUUUACUUCCAAUUUGUUACAAUAUUUAUAUUAUUCAUGGGAUGACUUGACACAAUAUAUAUAAUAAAUAAAUGAAUGAUGAAAAUAAAGCGAGACGUAAAUUAAACUGUCUUAUCUGUCCUUACGCCUCUUAGGUCGCGCGCAUCGCACUUGUAUUUAAACCGAUUAACUUUAAUUCUACUUCUAUUAUUAUAUUAUAGAUAGGUACUAUAUUGCCCAUACACACAACUCUCACUGUACGACAUACACGAUAACCUGUGUCAAACGAUAAUUUAAUAAAUAAACUGAAACACGUACGUACGAAAA